AUGGCUGCUAACAUCUCUAAGAAACGUAAAUUCGUGGCCGAUGGUGUAUUUUACGCUGAGUUGAAUGAAUUGCUACAGCGUGAAUUGUACGGUGAUGGCUACUCUGGAGUCGAGGUCCGUGUAACCCCGAUGCGCACAGAAAUUAUCAUCCGUGCCACACGGACGCAGGAGGUACUAGGCGAGAAGGGUCAACGUAUUCGUGCGCUCACGUCCGUGGUGCAAAAGCGUUUCAACUUUCCAGAUGGUGCUGUAGAGCUAUACGCUGAGCGUGUGGCCAACCGUGGUCUGUGCUCACAAGCUCAAGCCGAGUCACUUAAGUACCGUCUACUUGGUGGUCUAGCUGUGCGUCGUGCUUGCUACUCUGUCGUACGCUUUAUUAUGGAAGCUGGUGCAAAAGGUGUUCAAGUUGUUGUAUCGGGUAAACUACGUGCGCAACGUGCUAAGGCCAUGAAGUUUAAUGAAGGCUAUAUGGUCAAGACUGGUAACGCUUCACAGGAAUACGUUGACACGGCUGUGCGUCACGUACUCAUGCGUCAAGGUGUGCUUGGUGUCAAGGUAUCUAUCAUGCUUCCACAUGAUUCUACGGGCAAACAGGGACCUAAGCGUGCAUUGGAUGAUGUUGUCACGAUUCUUGAGCCAAAGGAAGAUGUAUAUCGUCCGUAUGUCGAGCCUACAGCUCCCAUUGUGCCUGUUGCUGCUCCAGUGUCUAUUGCUCCCGUGGACCCUGUCUACCAACCUACUGCUUAA